AUGGAACUCGCGUUCGAGGACCGACACUUGGACCCUUCCAAAAGGGACUUUUCAGACUUGGACUUGUACGAAAUUAUCUGCAGCCUUUGCGGGUUUGACAUCACCGAAGCAGAUGAAGAUGAACUCGUCGAAUGUAAGGUCGCAAAUCUGCCGACUUACGGCAUAACACUGACAGUUACAGGAGAGAAAGCCGCAGAACCCGGAAUAGUUAAAUGCCAUGGCAGAAGAGCCCACCCCAUUGUAUUACAUCACGAAUGCGUUGAUUACGCUGAGUCCUUGGCUUCGGGUAGCCUGCGAGAUCUCGCUGGAGCUGCCGUCACCAUCCGCGGGAGCUUUAAUGAGCCUGGAGAAAUGUGCGACCCUCGCCGCCGCUGGCAGGGCCGACCUCGACGAGGGUUCAUAUCAGUUCCUGUCCACGGCCACACGACUCUAUGGGCCAAGCACACCCAUUUUGAAGGUAUUCGAUACAUCCAGUCGUUCUCUUACGACUCUCAGGGUGGUGAUGAAGAAAUGCUCAUCAAGGGGAACACGGAGGAGCCUUUGAACGUUUUCAUCCGUCAUAACCAUCUAGGAGCCAACAAGGCUGUUAUAACUGAAGGACAGGAAAGGCCUGAGGAAGAGGAAGUCGAUGAGCAGUGGUGGACCUGUCAUGCUCAACAAACCCGCCCAUUCCACUUCAAGGCAAGAUUUGAUGGUAUCAAGAUCCGGAACCUCGUUGUUGUCAAAACCCCAGGUACUUUUCUCAGCUUCGCGUUAGCCAGUCCUUGCGAGAUACGAUGGGCUAUGCCUCCGUCGCUUGUGAAGUUUUCGCCCAAGAUCCCGCUCCCUUAUGGCAUGUGUUGGACUGAUGUACAAAGUCUUGACUGGAAUAAGCCAGGGACAUUCGGCUAUUCUUUCCUUCUUCUUGGCGAAUCUUUCUUGCAAUGCAAUUUCCACGGGGAUGGACCGCCAGUGCCUUACCACAAAUACACGACAGGUGAACCCAACCAUGUCAUGUGUCUGCAUUUUCCCAUGAACCCUAACGAAAGAGUCUCCGAACUCUGGGUCCGCCAAUAUCCUGAAAGAAAGGCCACUCUCGUGAUUGUCACAGAUCACGGCCGCAGCCUCGUCCUUGGAACCCAGCAAGAUGGUCCGGGUGCGACAUACCAUGUCAUCACCAAACUACCACAAGAUAAACCUUCCUCCAUGUUCCACUCGCACGCCAACAACCUCUACUGGUUCCAUUUCGAUUCUGUGUUUACCUGGGAAAAGCCGCAAACCCGACACAUCCAACCUGCUUGGAAGACUGCGCCCGACAUGACCAUCGACACCCACUACUCAUCAGCAAAGCUAGACGGAGUCAGAGAGAUUACCCCGUGUAUAAAAAGAGCGCUUUUCACUUGGGGAGAGGAUGAAAUUAUACAGGGUCUUCUCCUCACCUACGAUGAUGGUACUCGAACUUGUAUUGGUGAGGUUCUGUAUGACGACCUUGGGACGCCGCAGAAAGUAACUUCUGAUACUUUGUGGAUGCGAUAUGUCGAAUACAAGGAUGCUGGUCUUUUCGAUGAGAACAUCCACUGCUGCGAUUGUGGAAUAGAGUGGUAUGGCUUCUCUCGACCGCUGCUACAGUCCUUCUCCUCGCACAGAGAAAUGGAUAAUCUCACUGAUGAACAGGACUCUGACGAAGAACAAACUUCUCACGAAGGCGAUAGCUCUGCAGAAAAUGACAGUGAGGACGAAGCAGAGAGUGACGACGAGUAUGACAGGUUCCAAAGUAUAUCUCACUGCCCAUGA